AUGGCCAACGUUACGAUUGAUGAUUCCUCUCCAUACAUAGCUUGGUCAGGUACUGGUUGGGUAGACCAAUCUAAGCAAAUCAUCUCAGAUGAUCUUCAAUCACAAUAUUACAAUCAGACGUAUCAUAUGACGGCGGUACAAGGUGAUUAUGCUUCAUUUAGAUUCAAGGGGGCAAGUGUUUUUGUUUAUAGUGCAAAAUGUAACAUAGAAGGAGUUUACGCAGUCACCCUCGAUGGCGGAAACCUAUUCUCAGGCAACGGAUAUUCCGAUGAUCCAGUAGUCCCAUGGAUAAUGUUUUCCGCCACAGGUUUGACCGAUGAAGUUCACGUCUUGCAAAUCAUCAAUAGGCCUACUUAUGUGGAGUUUAACGCUUUCGGACACAUGGGUCUCGAUUAUAUCGUCAUUGAUGGACAACCCUCGUCUACGUCGAGUUCGGCUUCAGUGUCAAUAGCCAGAUUACCGGAUCUAACGUCGGAUACGGCGAUACAUGAAUUAGGACCAUUCACCAGUACUCCUAACCUCAAACCUACUACUUUCCCUGAUAGUCUCUCUCUCAUGUCCAGUUCCCAACCAUCAGUCAUGACACAUACGUCGCAAUUAUGGUUGCUCUGGAUGGUCGUGGCAGUGUGGUUAUAUGGGAGGAUACGAUGA